ACUACUUAACAAGCGCUCGGAGUGUCGCGAGAGAGAAAGUCACUCCCAGGCAGAGACGCCUGGUCCGGGGCUUUAGCACUGUAAUUCAGUCACCUGUUUCGGACAGAAGAAGGUUACUUUUAAUCUCUUUUUGUUCCGCGUUUCACUUUCAACGGGCUAAUAUGUGGCUACGUGAAAUAGUGGACUGUAGCAGACGGGACAGGAUUUAAGAAGAGCGGCUGCGUAACUUAGUGACAGAAAUAACAUAAGCCCCUAAGAACACGCUGCCCGACCGACCCGAGGAUAUUAUUAUAGACAGGCUGUGGAUAUCUGCUCCGCCAGCAUGAAGUUUGCGGAGCACCUGUCCGCCCAUAUUACUCCAGAAUGGAGGAAACAAUAUAUUCAGUAUGAGGCUUUCAAGGAGAUGCUGUAUGCAGCUCAGGACCAGGCCCCAUCCAUAGAAGUCACGGAUGAAGACACUGUCAAACGGUACUAUGCCAAGUUUGAGGAGAAGUUCUUUCAGACCUGUGAAAAGGAACUCUCCAAAAUCAACACAUUCUAUUCAGAGAAACUUGCUGAGGCUCAGCGCCGAUUCGCAACUUUGCAGAAUGAGCUGCAGACGUCUCUGGAUGCCCAGCGGGAGAGCAACGCUCCGGGGUUGCGCAGUGGUCGCAAAACAGUGUUCUCUUUGUCCAACCAGGAGCGCAACAAACAUCGAAACAUCAAAGAUCUGCAGCUGGCCUUCAGCGAGUUCUACCUCAGUCUCAUCCUCCUGCAGAACUACCAGAAUCUGAACUUCACUGGAUUCCGGAAAAUUCUGAAGAAACAUGAUAAGAUUCUGGAAACACAACGUGGAGCCGAUUGGCGUGUGGCCCAUGUUGAGGUGGCUCCAUUCUACACCUGUAAGAAGAUCACACAGCUCAUCUCUGAGACUGAGGCUCUGGUGACCACAGAGCUGGAAGGAGGUGAUCGUCAGAAGGCUAUGAAGAGGCUAAGGGUUCCACCUCUUGGAGCUGCUCAGCCUGCACCUGCCUGGACCACUUUCCGUGUUGGACUGUAUUGUGGGGUCUUCAUCGUCCUGGCUGUAGCAUUCGUCCUUACUGGUGCUUUUUUCAUCCGUAAUCAGAACAUCUGGCCGCUGGUACGCAUCUACCGUGGCGGUUUCCUGCUGAUUCAAUUUCUCUUCCUGUUGGGGAUAAACACUUAUGGCUGGAGGCAGGCAGGGGUCAACCACGUGCUGAUCUUUGAGCUGAACCCUCGAAACAACCUCUCACAUCAACAUCUGUUUGAGAUUGCAGGAUUUUGGGGGGUUCUUUGGUGUCUCAGUAUCCUUUCCUGCCUGUUUGCGGACUACACUUUUCUCCCUAUGCAGGCGAACCCCCUUAUCCUCUACGGUUUUAUGUUACUCUUCCUCGUUGUCCCUUUCAAAACUGCCUACUACAAAUCCCGAUUCUGGCUCAUCAAACUGCUGUUCCGUGUGUUCACCGCCCCGUUCCACCGAGUGGAAUUUGCCGACUUCUGGCUGGCUGACCAGCUCAACUCCCUGGUGAUCGUGCUCUCAGAUCUGGAGUAUCUGGUCUGUUACUACAGCAUGGAGCUGAAAUGGGGGGAACUUAGUGGCUUGCUGCCCAACACAUACGGUGAUGAAAAGUGUAACAGCUACUCUUAUGGUGUCCGCGCGAUCAUUCACUGUCUGCCUGCAUGGCUGCGGUUCGUGCAGUGUCUACGACGUUAUCGUGACACCAAGAGAGCCUUCCCUCACCUGGUGAAUGCUGGAAAAUACUCCACCACCUUCUUUGUGGUCACGUUUGCAGCCCUCUACAGAACUCAUAAAGAUCAGAAACAUACUGAUGCUGAGGUGUUUUUCUAUAUGCUGAUCCUGUCAUCAGUCAUCAGUUCACUCUACACACUAAUCUGGGAUCUGAAGAUGGACUGGGGUCUUUUCGACCGCAACGCUGGCGAGAAUAUCUUUUUGAGAGAGGAGAUUGUUUACCCACAUAAAGCCUACUACUACUGUGCCAUAAUAGAAGAUGUGAUACUGCGCUUCGCCUGGACUCUGCAGAUCGCUCUGACUUCUAUGACUGCCAUUCCCUCAAUCGAGGACAUCGUGGUUACCAUUUUAGCUCCUCUGGAAGUGUUUAGACGUUUUGUUUGGAAUUUCCUCCGUCUUGAGAAUGAGCACCUGAAUAACUGCGGUGAGUUCCGAGCGGUGCGAGACAUCUCAGUGGCUCCUCUGAAUGCUGAUGACCAGACGCUUCUAGAGCAGAUGAUGGACCAGGAGGAUGGAGUGCGGAACAGACAGGGCAAAAAGAGCUGGAAGCGCAGCUACAGCUUGUCCUUACGACGGCCACUGCUGUCCUCUCAGUCUAAGAAGGACACUAAGGUGCUGAUUGAGGAUACGGAUGACGAAGCUUUCAGCUGAAUCCAGAUCUCGCUGUCACUCCAACUCUCUCAGCUUUUUAGCAGUUCCUCACAGAGCUGCCUCAGCACACCAGAUUCUAAACACACACACACACACACACACACACACAUUUUCUCCCACACUCUCAAACCCAUCUAAAGACAGGUACAAAAACAGCUGUGAGACAUAUCAGGACACAACAGUAAUAUCCUACAAACACAGACACACGGAAACACACCGAUUUUCCACAAGGUACUUUUUUAUUAGACUUUUUAAUUGUGUUUCUUUAUAUUGAUACGUUUUUGUACUUUUGUUUUGGUUUUUGAAACUAUAUUACUGCAGACAACUGUUUACAAACUUACAAUAACUAGGAAUCUACAGGGAGGAGAGAAUUAUCAUUUUAAAAAAUAACAUGAAAAGUUAUAAUAAUAGUUAUAUAAUGCACAGACUCUAUAGUCCACACUCUAUAGCCGCAGCUCAUUUAGAAAUAGCAACAGCUCAUUAGCUGUUGUUUUUUUUUUUCAUAUUUUUUAUUUCUCAAAUUUUUGGGGGGUUUUUCGUUGUCAUGACAUCAGAGUAGGGCCCUGGUGGCACUUUUAGGAAAUGCUUGACAUUUCCAAACCAUUUAAAACCAUAAGCAUGUUUAGAGUUAUAUCUUUUCAUCAUAUUUAAUAUCCAAAUAUGUUUCUACUACAUGCAUUGCUUUGUUAUCAAAGCUGUCAUUUUUGCCAUGAAUGUGUGUGUAAGAGAAUGGAGUGUAUGUGUUUUUUUUUUCCCUCGGAGAAGAAUAGCUGAUGUAAAACUAAAGGUUUACUUAGUUUAAACUCUGCUGUCCUCAAUAUAGAUUCUUUAUUUUCUGUCUUACUUUGACCAGUGCAACUACUGGAAGCAAACUUGUCAGGUCGACAUUAAAAGUCAUGUUUGGGUAAAUAUUACCCACUGCAAAAGAUAUCAUGAUCCUUUGAACUGUAAUAACUGUGAUGCAAUUAACUUAAAAUAAAUAAAUAAAUCAUGAAUAAUUGCCACCCAUCUUAAAUUUUUACAAAUGCAACUGCUAACUAAAAGAAAGACAUUUUUAUGGAGCUAAUGCAUUUCCUACGUGGCAUUUUGCAUCACUUGCCAUAACAUUAUAAGCCAAAGAGGAAAUGCAAACACUGCCAGUUAAUUAUUAUUCUUAUGGUUGUGAUAUCAUUCGAAUUUUGUAUUGUGUUGAACCAAAAAAGGUGCCGUUAUAUUUUGUGCAUCUAACUGUAGUUCCUAUGUGGUGAGGAGGUAUCUUUUAUCAAAUCUCCUGACCAACAUCCUUAAUAAUGGUGGCAAUUUUUAUUUUAUUUUUUUGCUUGCUUGACACUUUAAUGUGUUGACCUGUUUACAAUCAGUUUUACAUUUUGAUGUGAAAAUGUGUUUAGAUGAUUUAAAAAGUACAUUUUUGAGAGACGUAUAUUACUACAAUAUAUAAACUGUUCUCUCUGUGAAUUUCAAACUGCACAUUUAGGAGAAGAGAGGUGAAACAUCAUUUAUUCAUUCAUGUCUGUUUUCACUUUAUCACAAUACUUUGAUAGAUGAUGAAGGAUACUCUUACGAUACUCUUACUGUUAAUACUGUUAUGAUUAAUAUACAUUGUUGUCAUCAAAAAAGAAAACACCAGGGCUGUUUUUAGCUGAUAUUUUGCUUGUUUACUUUUUUCAGUAGCUUGCGUUGAUGGAUUUUUGCAAGCACAAUCUUUGAACUGUAAUCUCUCUCUCUCUCUCUCUCUCUCUCUCUCUCUGUCCUGAUUCUCUGUUUCUUAUUCUCAAUUGCUCUUUAAAAGGAAAGUGUUUGUUCAUGCUUCAUGAAAAAUUAUGUACAGAUAGCAGGUUUUGUGUUCGUGAGCAUAACAUUUUAGUUUACUUAAAAAGUUUUUUGUCUUGCUUAAACAGACAUUUAAGGCAAAAUGUUUAUGUUCAGUUGUCUUGAAAGCAUGUUGUCUUGCAUAGACAACCGGGAAAAACAGUUUGCACUCGUGUUUUAUGAGAUUUGUGCUUGCAAAAAAAGAUAAAGUGCUAUCCUCAUUCUAAAAUGUGUUGUUGCUGUGUUGUAUAGGUCAUUUUGUCUAUUAAUAUUACUGAAAUGUCAACCGUGCCAUUCUUAAAACGACCUGAAAGCUUUUGGCACACUGUGUCUUAAUUUGCUUUGUCUUCAGCUCUCAAAACUGACUUUCAAGGGGCGCACACACAAACUGAAUAAAUUAUAGACUUUAUCCAUAUAUCUGAUCCAAAAUCACCUUAAAUGGCACAAAUUUGCCCCAACCACUCCUUUUGUGCAUUAUCAAUUGUCCUGCCUGCAUGCUACUUUUGUUUCGCACUGUAAAUAGUUUUAUUUUUCAUUUUUUUACAUGUGUAAAAAGAUGUUGGUUAAUUUAUUGUAAAAAAUGAUUUAUGUUCAAGUUGGAGGUUUUGCUUAAAAUGAGCAGUAUUAUGUUAGAUGAAGGCUAAUUUAAUUUGUCACAAUCCCACACUGUCUUAAAUAAGAAUUCUGUCAAAAUAGUGCAAUUUAAGAGGCUUUAGUGAAUAUGGAAUGUUAUCUGUUAAAUGUAAGUGAAUAUUUCUAUUCAUGACACUUACUCGUGUUGCACUAAUUACACUUAUUCAUGUUGGGUGACCGUGGUUUUGUGUCAAUAUUGUGAACACUGAUAAGAAAUGACAGGUGAGAGGAGAGGAUUCGACUUGUUAAAAUUCUCUUAUUCACCCUAACUAUGGGUUUUGUUAUGAGAGGAACCCUCAAAAUGAAGGGGUUUAAUCUUGUAUGAUUUUUUUUUACUUUUCAAAUACAGCACUGAAUUACACAAGCCCAGACAUCAUUUCUUCAUGGGGGACAAAAGCUACAUGUUGAUUUUUGCUUGCUAAACCCAUGAUGUUAUGUGCUUGAUAUCUCUGCAUCUUUUAUAUCUCCUAUCUCGAUGUUGUAUCCUUUCUUAAACAAAUGACUGUGACAAUGUUUGUAGUUGAUAGAUGAUUGUACUUUUGAGCGUUAAGACUUCAAGAAAAAUAGAAUAAAAUUGUGGUUCUGUGAUUAAAUAAAGACAUAAAAAGAGAACAUUUCUCACAGUUCCCCCAUUUAACAAGUAGUUUGUAAAUGUUGAGUGUAUUACUAUGAUGGUCCCACCGAUGAUCUCAUUUGUGUUUAUGUAUACACUUUGGUGAUCCUGUCAUAUUUGGGUUUUAUAAACCACGCUUAUUUUU